AUGUCUCUCAGCUCUCAGGCUGAGGGGCUAUUAGAAUGAUGUAGUGUCACCUGGGGUUGUGAGACCUCUGAGUCCGUCUCUGAUUAAUGAGUGUCCGAAUCCCCGCCUGUUCAUGCAGAUCUGAUGAGGUGACACUGCAUAAUCUCCACACCCGAAUCACCUCCUCCUGCUCCUGCUGCUCCUCUCAGUCAUCGCCGCGGAUUUGCGUUCGCCGAAGCAGCGUUCCGGUGCCAGCGGGCCUCCUCACGGCGACCAGCAACAGCGGCAGCUCGGCUCCAGGCUCCAGCACCGACACACCAGGCCAGCCACCCCGCCCCCCGCCGCUGUGCAGAAUGAUCCCCUGGAUGAGAACUGAGGAGAUGGCACAGGAGCAGCUCGUGCAUAGGCUCAGCACCGUCGUCUGCAACAUAGACGAGAUCAUGCAGGCAGAGAGCCGCCCGCUCUGCGCCUCAGACAUUACAUUUCAGCUGCAGAAGCAGUUCGCCUUCCUACCAGGAGGUCGUCAAGAUGGAUGCCCCAUCGUCGUGUUCCCAGAGUUCCCCACGUUUGGCGAUCUCCCAGAGGAGGAGUUCCACAGCGUGCUGACAUACCUCACCAGCGUUCCCAGCCUCAACGCUUCAGGGGUUGGAUUUGUCCUGGUCAUUGACCGCCGGCUGGACAAAUGGGCAUCGGUAAAGGCAACCCUGCUGCGUAUAGCGACCUCCUUCCCAGCCAACUUGCACCAGGUUCUCAUUUUGAGACCCACUGCUCUGUACCAGCGGACUAUUUCCGACAUCCUGUUCAACCUCAAGAAGGAUGAGUUCAAGAUGAAGGUUCCGGUGAUCAUGCUGAGCUCAGUGACGGAGCUCCACACCUACAUCGACAGAACGCAGCUGACAGAGGAGCUGGGUGGGACCCAGGAGUACUGCCACGAGAAGUGGAUUUCGCACCGUACCGCCAUCGAAGGCUUUGCUCUGAUGGUGAAGAAGACGGCCCAGACGCUGCAGUCCUUCGGGACGGAGCUGGCUGAGACGGAGCUUCCCAAUGACGCCCAGGCCACCACCAGCCUCUUAGGGGCUCACACGGAGAAGAAGGACCAGAUGAAGGAGGAUCUCCGGAUAGCCCAGAACCAGGGGGGCAGGCUGCUGGAGAGCAUUAAGGAGCCGGUGCUAAAGAACCCAGAGUACAUAAUGAACCAGGACGAGCUGGAGAACCUGGCCACAGUGCAGCGGCUGAUGUCCCAGCUGGACGAAACGGAGGAAGCGUUUGACGAGUUCUGGCAGCGGCACCAGAUCAAGCUGGAGCAAUGUCUGCAGCUGCGGCACUUUGAGCAUGGCUUCCGGGAGGUGAGGGCCCAGCUGGACACGGCUGCUGAGCGACUCGCGGGAUUCACCGAUGUGGGGAUCAGCCCCGCCCACGCAGAGCACAUCCUGCGGGAGCUGAACAGUCACGAGGAGAAAGUGUCUGACAUCCUGAUCUGUGCCCAGGCCCUGGCCUGUGAGGGUGAUCGGCUCAUUGAGAGCUCGCACUACGCCGUGGACUCCAUCCUGCCAAAGUGUGGCGAGCUGCGCACUGUGAUGGAGGCCCUGGUGACGGAGCUGAGGGCCCGCAAAGGCCACCUCCUCAAGGCCAUGGAGCUUCACCAGACGCUGGAGAAGGCUGCUAAGUGGUGUGAUGAUGGAAUCUACCUGCUGGCGUCGCAGCCGGUCGACAAGUGCCAAUCACAGGACGGGGCGGAGUCUGCCUUGCAGGAGCUGGAGCGCUAUCUGGACACAACCCCGCAGUACCGGCUCACGGACAUUGGCGCCAUCUGGAGGGAGUACGAGUCCGUGCUCACCGCCGAGCUCAGGGAGCUUGUGGAGAAAGGCUUCCAGAAGCAGGCAUCCAUGCUGGAGAUGUUCCACAAGCGGAUGGUGAGCCUGAAGAAGCUGGCGGCUAAGCAAACCCGCCCCGUCCAGCCCGUAGCCCCGAGGCCAGAGGCCUACAGCAAAUCGCCGCUGUCCUCCCCAGCUCACCGGGUCCCAGAAAAAGCCACCAAUGAGGACGAUGCUCCGAACGGAGAGACCUGCAGGAGGGCGGACGCUCAACGGCAGAACAGCACCACCAGGCACGCCUCACAGUCUGAGGAGGAGGAGAACCUGGCCGUCCUGAGACGGCACGUGAUGAACGAGCUCCUGGAAACAGAGAGGGCCUACGUGGAGGAGCUCUUGUGUGUGCUGCAGGGCUAUGCGGCGGAGAUGGACAAUCCUGCCAUGCAGCCCCUCAUUCCCAACGCCCUUCAGAACAAGAAAGAAGUUCUAUUCGGGAACAUGCCUGAGAUCUAUGAGUUCCAUAAGAGGAUAUUUCUCAGGGAGCUGGAAACGUACACGGAGUCUCCCGAGUUGGUGGGACGCUGCUUCCUAGAGAGGAUGGCAGACCUACAGAUUUAUGAGAAGUACUGUCAGAACAAACCUCGCUCCGAGAGUCUGUGGAGGCAGUGCUCAGACUGCGCCUUCUUCCAGGAGUGCCAGAAGAAUCUGGAACACAAGUUGGGACUGGACUCCUACCUGCUGAAACCCGUCCAGAGAAUAACGAAGUAUCAGCUUCUGCUGAAGGAGUUGCUGAAGUACAGUAAGGGUUGCGAGGGUUCUGACGACCUACAGGAGGCGCUCACGUCCAUCCUGGGCAUCCUUAAAGCCGUCAAUGACUCCAUGCACCUCAUCGCUAUCACUGGAUACGAGGGUAACCUUAGCGACUUGGGCAGGCUGCUGAUGCAGGGCUCCUUCAGCGUGUGGACAGAGCAUAAGAAGGGUCACGCCAAGGUGAAAGACCUGGCACGUUUCAAGCCGAUGCAGCGUCACCUGUUCCUGCACGAGAAGGCGCUGCUCUUCUGCAAGCGGCGGGAGGAGAAUGGGGAAGGGUACGAGAAGGCGCCCUCCUACAGCUUCAAGCACUCGCUCAACAUGAAGGCCGUGGGCAUCACAGAAACCGUCAAGGGGGAUAACAAAAAGUUUGAGGUGUGGUGCAACGCCAGAGAGGAGGUCUACAUCGUGCAGGCAUCAACCACGGAGGUCAAGAUGGCGUGGGUGAACGAGAUCCGCAAAGUCCUGACAGGACAGCUGAAGGCCUGCAGAGAAGCCAGCCAGCAGAGGGCGUCAGACCAAACAUUCCAGUUCCCUGUUUCAGAAUCGGCCCCUGUCAGCUUAAGUCCUUUGAAGAACAGUCAUAGGGGUAGUGUGAAGAAGGGAGAGGAGAAGAAAAUGGAGUCCGCCAGCCCCGAGCCAAGCUCCUCAUCUUCACCCAAGUACAAUGACAAGAGCAAAGAUGAGCCAGUCACCAGCCCCACCACAGAGCGGGCAGCCGUGGCCAAAAAGCGCUUUACCUUACAGGGCUUCAGCAACCUCAAGAGCCAGAAAGGAUCCCCCACUAGCCCAGACCACAAAACCAAACGGCACGAGGUUAAGAGCGACCCAACUCCUUUUGGCAUUAGAGAUACAGGCCCACCCGUCUCCCUGAAUAGGGUGAAAUGGCUCAGUAGCUCCAGUCUGAUGCAGGCCAGGAGGAGAGGCUGGGCCAAGGCCUCUCUUUCUCUGGACAUCUCGGAGGAGAAUGACGGCUACUCCAGUACCGAGGACCCCCUGAACUCUGACCCUGAGGAGGAAGUGGGCAGAAAGCUGGCCCCAGGGAAGUAUACAGUGGUGGCCGACUACGAGAAGGGGGGACAGCAGGACCUGACUGCCAAGAGCGGAGAUGUGGUUCAGCUGAUUAAGGAGGGCGAGGACGGCCAGUGGUUCGUGCGUAACCUCAAGACCAGUAAAGAGGGGUGGGUCACGCUCUCCAACCUGCUGUCUCUUAUUGGGGAGUCUAAGUCCUCCCAGUCCCUCAGCAGCUCAGAGGGCAGUGCCUCCGGUCAUCUGAGCACCUCGUCAAGCUGCAGCGAGACCUACGCCAGCUUCUCCGAUAUCAAGGCCUGAGGCCACGGCACGCAGUCGCCCCCUGAUGGUUUUCACUUCAUGUUUCCGCCCAUCUUCACUAUAAACCAGUGUUUCUCAUCACGGGCCUCGGGGACCCACAGACUGUCAGUGUUUUUGUUCCCUUCCAGCUCCCAGUGGGAGCAAAAAUGUGGACAUGGGACAUUUCUAGCUAUCAGAAAGAUCCGGGGCUAAGUAAAGCUUACCUGGGGCUUGAAGAUUGGCAUCAGGGCUAAAAUACCCGGAGCUAUAGCCCCAAGUGAUCAAACUUAAUAACGCCCAUGACAUGGACUGUCUGUGGGUCCUGGGGGACUGGACUGCCCUAAACCCCUGUCUGCAUGUGCGUGUGCGUGUGCGUGCUGGGGCAGCAUUACCCGGGAUUGCCGCACAAUCUGAUGUCCUCAGCUACAUGUUUCUCUGAAAUGUGCUAUUUACAUAGCAGGCGCCCCAAACUUUACUGACACUGUGGUCCAUUCAUGUAUGUCACAAGAAUGUCUUUUCAGUUAAAAAACGUUACAGGGCAUUUCGAAAACUUUCGAAAGAAUAUAAACUUAUAUCAAUGAAAUCGCUUUUUAUACUCAUGGUUACUGCGCCCAUGCACUGCAUCGCUGAACUGGGUGUUGUGAUCACUGCAGGUGGAUUUGUCAGGUAUGAUCAGACUGGCUCUGUCGCUGUGAACGAUACCUGUAAGGUGCUGAGUUCAUCCUGCUCGAGUUACUCAGAAGCACCGGUGAUAUGUAACAUAUUUCCCGGUAAAAGCCUGGAGGGACUCAGACUACUUUGUUACCUGACUUGAUUAACAUUGAUGUUGUGUAGAUAUAUCAUUGGUACACAAUCACAUGCAAAUGUCACUGAAGUAUUGUUUAAGGGUCAUUGUCUUCACACUGGAUGUCGUUUUAAAAACUUGUCGUUAAGCAUGGAGCGUUAUUUAAUAUCACAGAAAGGAUGGAUUUAUAAAAGCAUCCAAAGAAGUUGAGGUUAUAAGUCACGGUAAUAGUCCGCCGUGGCACACUGUAAACGGCUUGUUUUUUAUACGUCUUAACUGUUUCCGUUUUGUUUAUAUCAAAUGAAACUGAUUAGUGUAUGAUUACAUUACACAUUACUUGUAAAACAAUCAGCCGUCCCGUAGCCCUGCUUAACGCUUCCCGGUUCAGUAUUAUGCCUGAUAAUAUUUGUUACAAAUCCCUGGACACUCCUCCAACCAGCAAUUGUCAUUGAGUCUACUGGAAUUUUUGUCAGGAAAUGUGAUGUAAAAUAAUGUACUUUUUUUCAUUUGCACUCUAAGUCAAUAUGAUAUUGAUGUUAUUGUUUAUCACUCUUUAUGCAGCACAUUGCCGCAGAUGUCUUUUUUCCUAUGGUAACUGGGUCAAUAAUAAAAUUAUGUAUAUAUGUAUGUAUAUAUGUAUGUAAGAAAGUCUACGCUGUACUGAAAGAGAAAAUAAAGCAACUUGUAUUAA